GGGCUCCCCCGGCCCGCCCCCCAUGGCGGAGACCAAGAUCAUCUACCACAUGGACGAGGAGGAGACGCCCUACCUGGUCAAGCUGCCGGUGGCCCCCGAGCGGGUCACGCUGGCUGACUUCAAGAGCGUGCUCAGCAACCGGCCGGCUCACUGCUACAAGUUCUUCUUCAAGUCCAUGGACCAAGAUUUCGGGGUGGUGAAGGAAGAGAUUUCUGAUGACAACGCCAAGCUACCCUGUUUCAAUGGCAGAGUCGUCUCUUGGCUGGUCCUGGCAGAGAAUGCCCACUCUGACGCUGGAUCUCAGUGCACCGAGAGCCACACAGACCUGCCCCCACCCAUCGAGCGGACUGGGGGCAUCGGGGACUCCCGGCCACCCUCCUUUCACCCCAAUGCCGCCAGCAGCCGAGAUGGGCUGGACAAUGAGACCGGCACAGAGUCUGUGGUCAGCCACCGGCGGGACCGGCACCGGCGGCGGAACCGUGAGGGCCACGAAGAUGCCCCUCGGAUCAAUGGGCACCCAAAGCUGGAGCGUCGCCGUGAGCCCGGCACCUAUGACAGCGCCUCCACCGUGCUGAGUAGUGAGCUGGAGUCCAGCAGUUUUAUCGACUCAGAGGAUGAAGACACCAGCAGGCUGAGCAGCUCCACGGAGCAGAGCACAUCCUCCCGGCUCAUUCGGAAGCACAAACGCCGGCGGAGAAAACAAAGGAUGCGCCAGAUUGACCGGUCCUCCUCAUUCAGCAGCAUCACGGACUCUACCAUGUCUCUCAACAUCAUCACGGUUACACUCAACAUGGAGAAAUACAACUUCUUGGGCAUCAGCAUCGUGGGGCAGAGUAAUGACCGGGGAGACGGCGGCAUCUACAUUGGCUCGAUCAUGAAGGGUGGCGCGGUGGCUGCUGACGGCCGGAUCGAGCCUGGGGACAUGCUGCUGCAGGUGAAUGACGUCAACUUUGAGAACAUGAGCAAUGAUGAUGCCGUGCGGGUCCUGAGGGAAAUUGUCUCCAAGCCUGGACCCAUCAGCCUCACGGUGGCCAAGUGCUGGGACCCCACACCCAGGAGCUACUUCACCAUCCCCCGGGCUGACCCGGUGCGGCCCAUCGACCCGGCCGCGUGGCUGUCGCACACGGCGGCGCUGACGGGAACGUUCCCCCGCUACGGUACGAGCCCCUCCAUGAGCACCAUCACAUCCACCAGCUCCUCACUAACAAGCUCUAUUCCUGACGCAGAAAAACUCGAGGAAUCUCCCCUGACCGUGAAGAGUGACAUGGGGGCCAUCGUGAAGGUCAUGCAGCUUCCAGACUCGGGCCUUGAGAUACGGGACCGCAUGUGGCUGAAAAUCACUAUCUCAAAUGCAGUCAUUGGGGCUGAUGUGGUAGACUGGCUUUAUACACACGUGGAAGGCUUCAAAGACCGGCGGGAGGCUCGCAAGUACGCCAGCAGCAUGCUGAAACAUGGCUACCUGAGACAUACUGUGAAUAAGAUCACAUUCUCCGAGCAGUGUUAUUAUGUCUUCGGUGACCUGUGCAGCAAUCUGGCAGCGCUCAAUCUCAACAAUGGUUCUGGUGGAGCCUCGGACCAGGACACGCUGGCCCCGCUCCCCCACCCGACAGCCCCGUGGCCUGUGGGGCAGGGGUAUUCCUACCCCUACCCUGUGCCUCCCCCGGGCUUCCCACCUGCCUACCAGGACCCAGGCUUCAGCUAUGGGAGCGGGAGUGCAGGGAGCCAGCAGAGCGAAGGAAGCAGGAGCAGCGGCUCGAACAGAAGCGCCAGCGAGAGCAGCCGGCGGGCGCUGGGGCGGGAGAAGGAGCGCCGGACAGGGGCCGGGGGCAGCGGGGGCAGCAGCGAGUCGGAGCACACGGUGCGCAGUGCAUCGGGCAGUGGGGGCCGGCGGGAGCGCCCGCCCAGCCAGCUUUCCGCCGGUGCCCCAGGUCUGCCCCCACUGCACCCCCUGCCCAAGGCGGGCACCAGGGUGCUGACGACGCUCAGCGGCCCCCCCGGGGGGCCCCCUGUGCGCGAGCUGGCCGCGGUGCCCCCUGAGCUCACGGGCAGCCGCCAGUCCUUCCAGAAGGCUAUGGGCAACCCCUGUGAAUUCUUCGUGGACAUCAUGUAAUGGGCAAAGUGCCUUCAGGCUCCUCCUCCCCCUCUGGGGUAAAAUCUUUGGAGGAGAAUUGGAAGGCUUUGGUGAAAAGAACAAUAAUGGUGAUGAGCCCCCUCCCCCCAUCAUGGAGGGGGAGGGAAGUGCCAAAUGCACCCCCACCUUCCUCCCACCCCUUCAGCAGGCUUGCUAACUAGAGCCCCGCUCAACGCUGUGUACCUACCGAGGAUGGUGCCCACCCCAGAUCACUGGAAGCAACGCCUGCCAGGCCACUGCCUGAUUUCUCUUCCGCUUUCUGUUGAUCUCAGGCUGCUGUGAUACUGAGCUUGUGUCCCUGAAAUACCCAGCAAAGGUCCCCGGCCAGGGCCACGGAGGGACCCCGGGGCUGAGCGCCCUGAGGGCCAGUGAGUGACACAGCUCAGAUGAUGGGAGUGGAAGCUAGAGAUGUGACCUGGGGCUAAUUGCUUCCUUUCUCUCAAUUAGGGGGUAGGAGUGGGUAAUCUCCAGGGACCCUUCCAGCUCAGAGCCUGAGGUUCCCAGGUGGGCUGUGUGUCUUCAGCAUUCAGCUGGCUUCUUUGAGCUCCCUGGGUGUGUGGGUGGGAGAGGGCGCAGGGCUGCUUGGGUUCUGUCCCCUACCUGAGGGCUGGGAAGUACCCCACAGGGCACAUCCCUGGAGAUGGAGAGUACUGAGCUAGCUUAUGCUCCAGAGUUAGGACCAUUUUAUACAGGAAGGGAGAGGGCCCUCUUGUGGUCAAUUGGCCAUUGUCCAGGGUUCAUCCCCUUGCCUGGGUAUUACCCAGGUUUUGAAUCUGGUGUGUUUGGUGGGGUGGGGGUGGGAGCUGGGAGAAGGCUUAGCCCUGUCUGUGAAGGGAGCAGGACAACAGUGCUCUUGGCCCCUGGGGGGGGGGGGGUCAAGCCUCUGCUUGGAUGGGUCAUCCAUGAACGAGAAGUGUGUACGUCCCCUCCACUUCCCCCAGAGAGCUUCCCCCCUGCAGAUCUGGCCCAUCCCGAGCCUCUUCCCUCCAUUUGGCUGUGUCGCAGCUCUCUUCUCAGUCUUGUUUUCCCGUCCCCUGGGGUGCCCCAGCCUUGAAGUCAGGGCAUUCAUUGCCUGCCUGCUGUGGGGUCUCUGGUGAUUUGCAGGGAGGGGAGUGGUGGGAGGGAGAUUUAGUCUCAGAUCUCCAUCUUGUUCUCCAAAUCUGAACACAUAGUUCUGGGAGUGAAAGGUGGGAUUGCUAUCAUCCCCGCUCCUGCCCCCCAAGUGGUUUGGGGGUGCCCUAACAGUGCUGUUUUAUUUAUUUAUUUAUUGCACCAGGCCUUGAGGGCAGGUCCCCCUCCCCUGUAUCACAGACAGGGCUGAGGCAGACUGUGGCCACAGCCCCUCCUGUAGCCCAGGCCUGUAAGGUGGAGAGGAGAGCCAGGUGGCAGCAGAGGCAGGCUUUGUGCACUUAGCUGGGGCUGCCAAGGGCCAGAGGAUGGAAGGGACUGCCCACGACUCGCCUUCCUGUUUGUUUUGUUUGUAUCUGACUGAAUGAGCAUGGUUUGCUUUUAAAGGACGAAAUUACUCUAACCAGUGAUUGGCAGAAAUCCACAUGAGACUGUGUAUGUACAAUAAUGGGGGGGGGGGAGGUGAAGAGUUUGAAAUGAUGCACACACCCUCACCCCCAGGCCCUUGUCUGCAGUGCUCCUUCCCCUGACCCCAGCCUGUGUUCAGGUGUCGAGCCCUGGCUCCCCACCCCCCAAUCUGUUCUCAGGUGCACCUUUUCCAGACCCUCACCUAUUCUCAGGUGUGUCUAGCCCUGAUCCUCACCUGGUCUCAGGUGCACCUUCCCCAGACCCUCACCUGGUCUCAGGUGUGCCCAUCCCAUGGGGCCUUGGCUCAUGUGGAAUGCAACGCUUCCUGUCCAGUGUCUCUCGCUUCCACAGGAUUCUCUUCUGUAGAUAUUGUAUCAAAGCCCGAGUGUCUGUAUAGUUAAUAUAUAGCUGCAUCUGUGUAAAUGCCGCUUCCGUGUAAAUGCUAUUUUAAACACUAAAAAAAGCUUUUAAUUUUAUGUGA